AUGGCAUCUUCUGGAGACAUACAGGUUAAGGAGCUGGACAAGCGGGCUUCAGGACAAGCCUUUGAAGUCAUUCUGAGCCCCACAGCUCCAGAUGCCAAAGGAGAGUUUCCACUGUCCACCCCAAAAAAGAAGGAUGUGUCCUUGGAGGAGAUCCAGAGGAAACUGGAUGCAGCAGAGGAAAGGCGUAAGAAUCACGAGGCAGAGGUCCUGAAGCAUUUGGCUGAAAAGCGAGAGCACGAGAAAGAGGUUCUCCAGAAAGCCAUGGAGGAGAACAACAACUUCAGUAAGAUGGCAGAGGAAAAACUCAACCAGAAGAUGGAAGCUAACAAAGAAAACCGCACAGCACGAAUGGCGGCGAUGAAUGAGAAGUUUAAAGAGAAGGACAAGAAGCUCGAAGAAGUUCGAAAGAAUAAAGAAACUAAAGACGAGGGUGACAACUGA